GGCCUGACGCCCUGAAGAAAGAAUUGGGGACCGCUUUUCUGGCACGCAGCAGCAGCCAGCCUUUGAGGGGCAGGACAGGGGACCCUGGGGACCGCAGCGUCUGCCCAGAGGACAGCCGGCUGCGGAGCAUCAUCUUCACUCGGGACGACGCAGGGUGCUCGGCAGGCCUGGCGCACCGCACCCGAGCAGGUGGCCUCGGAGGAGGGGCGGCGAUUAGCACUUUGAACGCUUGGGGAACCCCUGGCUCCCCCCCCCCAUUGGAGUACGCGUCCCCGGCUCCCGUCCAGGUGCCCUCCAGCGCGCGGGUCCUGGCUGGCUCUAGAAGCGCGGCGUCCCUAACCUUGAUCUCUCCCCGGUGCCAGGUCUGCGCCAGGAUCAUGGGCGCCGCGCUGGGCACCGGCACACGGCUGGCUUCAGUGCCCCGCAGGGUCUCGGGCAGCUUCCCGUACUGGGCACCCUCCGUGCCAGCCCAAGGCUGCCACUCCAAGUCCGGCCCACCUCGCUCGGUGCUCCUGAAGAAGCGUGGGUACGAUAUCACCAGGAACCCACAUCUCAACAAGGGCAUGGCCUUUACACUGGAGGAAAGGAUGCAGCUUGGAAUCCAUGGCCUGAUCCCUCCCUGCUUCCUGAGCCAGGAUGUCCAGCUCCUCCGGAUCAUGCGGUACUAUGAGAAGCAGCAGAGUGACCUGGACAAGUACAUCAUUCUCAUGACGCUCCAAGACCGCAACGAGAAGCUCUUCUAUCGGGUGCUGACUUCAGACGUGGAGAAGUUUAUGCCCAUUGUGUACACCCCUACUGUGGGGCUGGCCUGUCAGCACUAUGGACUGACCUUCCGCCGGCCUCGUGGGCUGUUUAUCACCAUUCAUGACAGGGGCCACAUUGCAACAAUGCUGAACUCUUGGCCAGAAGAAACCAUUAAGGCCGUGGUGGUGACUGAUGGGGAGCGCAUACUGGGCUUAGGAGACCUGGGCUGCUAUGGCAUGGGCAUCCCUGUGGGCAAGUUGGCCCUGUACACAGCAUGUGGAGGUGUGAACCCGCAGCACUGCCUGCCUGUGAUGCUGGAUGUCGGCACCAACAAUCAGGAGCUGCUCAAAGACCCUCUGUACAUUGGUCUGAAACAUGAGCGUGUGUGUGGGAAGGAAUAUGAUGAGUUGGUGGACGAGUUCAUGAAGGCGGUGACAGAAAAGUUUGGAAUAAAUUGCCUCAUCCAGUUUGAAGACUUUGCCAACGCCAAUGCCUUCCGCCUGCUCAACAAAUACCGCAACAAGUACUGCAUGUUCAACGAUGACAUCCAAGGCACAGCCUCUGUUGCUGUGGCAGGAAUCUUUGCUGCUCUGAGAAUCACCAAGAACAAGCUCUCCAAUCAUGUGUUUGUCUUCCUGGGUGCAGGUGAGGCAGCUAUGGGCAUCGCCCACCUCCUUCUCAUGGCCCUAGAAAAGGAAGGCAUAUCCAAGGCAGAGGCCAUAAGGAAGAUCUGGAUGGUGGACUCCCAGGGGCUGAUUGUCAAGGUACUGUUGGUACAGGGGAGGAGCCAGCUGAACCACGAGAAGGAGGUGUUUGCCCAGGACCAUCCCGAAGUGAACUCCCUGGAAGAGGUCGUGAGGCUAGUUAAGCCCACAACCAUUAUAGGUGUUGCCGCUGCCGCAGGAGCCUUCACAGAGCAGAUUCUGAGGGACAUGGCCUCCUUCAAUGAACACCCUAUCGUCUUUGCCCUGAGCAACCCCACAAGCAAGGCCGAGUGCACAGCUGAGAAGUGUUACCAGGUCACUGAGGGCCGGGCGAUCUUUGCCAGUGGAAGUCCUUUUAAGAGUGUGACUCUGGAAGACGGCAGAACAUUCACUCCCGGCCAGGGAAAUAAUGCGUAUGUGUUCCCUGGGGUGGCACUGGGAGUCAUCGCUGGCAGGAUCCGACACAUCCCAGAUGAAAUCUUUCUCUUGACAGCAGAGCAUAUUGCCCAAGAGGUUUCUGAGCAGCAUCUGUCCCAGGGGAGACUGUACCCACCACUCAAUUCCAUCCGAGAUGUGUCUCUCAGAAUUGCAGUCAAGGUGCUCGAAUACGCGUACAAACACAACCUGGCCUCCUACUAUCCAGAGCCUAAGGACAAGGAGGCUUUUAUAAGAUCCCUGAUCUAUACUCCGGAAUAUGACUCCUUCACACUGGACAGCUACAGUUGGCCCAAGGAAGCCAUAAAGAUUCAGACAGUCUGAUGCAGUCUCAAGGGCUUAUACAAGCUGAAUAGCCCAAAACCACAUAAUAUAAAUGGACUCUAAAAUGG